AUGCUGAUAGGCAUGGAAGAAUGCAUCGGAAUCGAGACGGCCAUGGCAUGGAAAAAGGGAGCCUGUCGAUGGGAGGAUGCCGAUCAUGACGGGGUCAACCAGACAAGCAAAGGACGAGCGGACCCCGUCUUGUGGCACGCGAAUAGAUUAAAUGUGCGCCACAUUUCAACACCGUUAACCACGAGACAAGAUCGUACCCUGGCGGUGACGUCGAGUCUUUCUUCGCCAUGUUCUGGUUUCCCUCCCUCGUAGUCUGCCAGUGUGAAAAAGGGAGAAUAGUAGUUAAGGAUACUGUCCUAGUUAAUAGUUAUUAUCCAUCUUCUUAGUCAACCAUCAGCCAAACCUGUGACGCCAGACGUGUUGGAGAUCGCCACCCCGUUUCCCCACAGCCCCUCCAGCGCUGACAAUUUCUCUGCCUGACAACCUCGUUCGGGCGUCAUUUUGUUUCUCUUCUGUUUUCACUCCGUCCAGCUCCCGUGCCUCUCAACUGUCUCUGCUAUUUGUGGCCUUUGUCGUGACUCUCAGCGCAUGCGACGUUCUUGCUCGGUGCGCAGAGACUCCCCCACUGCUCUCCCCACUUCGUGCCCAAGGAUCUGAAUUGUCCCUCCGAUGGCUUAUGAUGGGUACAAUUCCUCGGCCAACCCCUAUCAACCGGGCAACAUGAAUGUGAACCUGAACCCAGACCCGAACGAUCCUCACGGGUACUCACCCACGCCCCCAUACCCGUCGAGCAGCUACGAGCCCGACCGUCUGAGUAUGCCUCAGCCUCGGAUGCCCCCGCUCAGCUCGUCCCCUCAGAGCAUGGAUUCAGAAACGCCUCGACCGCAGAAUGUCGGACCGGGUCAUGGGUAUAUCAACGAUGCUGUUCACUCGGCAGUGCACCAUGCAAACCCCUCCGAAUACUUAUCCCCCGAGGUCCUCAGUCAGAUCACCGCAACGGUCAUCCAGCAGCUGAAAGCCACGGGCCUUGGUAAUAUGCAGGGUUCUGGUUCCUCCGGUGCUCCGCCGCCUCGAUCACAGUCGCAGCAGCCUUCAUGGUCCACUGGCCCAGAUUUGGCGCCUCGUCCGCACUCGGAGUCGCCUCCUAAUUUAUCACAGCGAUUUGACUCUGUGCCGCAGGGCAAUCCCAUGUCCAACAGCUUCGAAUCUACACAGCCAUAUUCCGCUCCUUCGGUACCACUGUCCUCGGAUUAUUCGAGCGAUACUCGCGAUAUGCGCCCAACUCCCAAGCCGUCAUCAAAUGCGCCGAGCAGUAGACGUGGAUCGGUGUCCAGCCAUGGGAGUCAGAAAAUGGAACGGCCGAAACCGCCAUCGAGAGACGCGACGGUUGUGGAGAUGACUACACUAGAGAAGAUCUGGGGCAAAUUGUUUGUGGAUGGGAAGCCAACGAAAAGGCUCGGCCAAUUUUUGCGGGGAAUUGCAAUGCAUUUGAUUGAAGAUUACCCACCGGGAAAUACCAUCGUGAUCGUUCCGGAUAAGCUGCAAAAGUUCUAUGCCGAUACCGAUGUUUCGUGGGACCCUUAUCCGUGGCAAGAUAUCUUCGACGAUCGAACAUCCUCAAUUUCCAGGCUAUUCCGGGAAAUCAAAGCUCAGCACCAUUUGGUCCAGCUUGACGAUCUUAAGGAACGACCUGAUAUCCCCGGUCUAACACCCAAAGGCUUCGAAACAUGGGCUACGAUCAUGAUCCAAGCUCACCCGGAGCGCGAAUACGAGCGUCUGCAAAAGGCAGUGCUGAAUAUGCCUAUCAGCAACCCGGACGAUAAGAAGGAGCGUUUCCCUAAAGAGAUUCCACGCAGGCUGUUCCCCGAGGUGGCAGACCUGAAGUUGAGAGAAGAAGUUGAAGAGUAUAUCAUGAAGCACUGUGGCGUUGAUUUGCCCCGUAUAACGGAGGAGGAGCGUUCACAGGCAAAUCGCUCAAAGAAACCUGCACCGUCUCACAUUGACACCUCUCAACCUGCACCUUCCACGUCGGGGUCGACGGACGGGUCUCGAUCAUACGAACGGGGUCGACCCCCUCCCUCAGCUUCGUCUUCCUCCGCCGUGAUCGACGAUGAAGACGAACCCAUACCACCUCAACCCAUUGAGCGUGAGAGAAAACCUUAUACGGCUCAACCGGGUGUAGGAAAGAAGUACGAAGGAGCAGGCCAAUCACGCAGUCGUACGGAAUCAUUUUCGUCCGGCCGACCACUAGACGUACCAAGCUCAUCCACAAGCCACCGACACUCGACUGCGACUGCAGACAAAUUCAAUGCCGACUCGCUCUACUCUGGAAGAUCCGGCUCGAGACACGGGCACCCACGGCGGCGGUACUCGAGAGGAUCGCGUAGCUCGUCGCGUGGCAUGAGCCAUGAUUACAGACACUCGGAAAGUGAUCUGCUUGGCCGCGAUGCUGCUCCUCCCCGAUAUGGUGGUGUGUCCACCGGGGAUUUGUACACGGACUCACCUACCUCGGUUAUGCCUGAUGAGGACAUUCGGAGGUAUAGAGACCACCAUCGCGGUGGAAGUCGUGCUAGCGAGGAUGAUUACUACCGUGGCAUGCUGGGAGGACAGGGUGGUGGACCUGUGCAUGAGCACAAGCGCUAUCACUAAGUGAUACGAUUUUGUCCGUUCGUUUUAAUCACGAACCUUGUCUCUUGUGGGCCUCCGUUGCUGGCUGUCUCGCUGUUUUCAUACCUCUUCCGGCUUGGCGUUAUUCGUGUGGCAUGAAUCUAUCCCCCGAUCUGGGGUUGGCGAUGAUGACUGACGAACACUGUCUGAUGAUUUUUGGAUCUUUUUGUUGUCAUAUUAUGUCUGCUAUAUAUAUCUCUUCUGUUUUCAUGUAUGUUCUAUUUCAUGUCUCAAAAGCGCGUUCAUAUCCCGUCCUGUAUUUAGCGAUAAGUUUCGCCUUGCUUUUGAUUUGGGAAUAUAAUGCUCAACUGAUGAAAGUUCGAUAUCACACAUCCAACUCGCCUUAUACCUUUAUUCACUCUCAGCGUCAUCCGUAGCUAGCUUUCUCUUCCGCCCAAGAUCACGCAUAAUAUUAACCCCAUCUUCCUUACAAACCACCGCCUCUUUAGCCCUCUUCCGCUCCUCCCUCUCAUAUCGUUUCUGUAUAUGUCGAUAAUCUCUCUCUUCCCGCUCAGCCCGCCUUUUCACCCUCCGCUCAGCCCUUUGCCGAUCCUCAAUAGCCUUGAGAUCCCCCCUCUCCGCCUCCUCCCGCAACUGCUCGAUUUCCUCAUCGGACAGAACCCACCUCACGGCGAGAACUUCGACUAGAAACCGCAAUCGCUCAUCAACAAAUUGCAUCUCGGCAUUCGUGUCUCGGAUAACCGUGAACCGUUCUAGAUUCAGUUGCAUCGUAGAUCGGAACCGGGAUAGAGUGCCCUUGACUCUCACCGUCGUGCCGGGUCGUAGACAGGUAAUGUCGAGGAGUGUGCGGUCUGUAGCAGAGACGUGCUCCGUUUGAUUGACCUGUGCUUUUGUGCCAGGGGUUUGUCCAUUUGCACCCAAGGACGACUGGACACUGGGCCCGGGAUUUGAGAUACCCGAGAUCUGGGUGCUGUCUUUCUGUAUCUUGUCCCUUUCUUUGGGGUCAGAUUGGAGGACGCAGACGUCUAUUGUGGCACCGCUGCUAUCGUCCAGCGUCAGGAUGG